GAAGCGUCAAUCGAGUGCCGCGUCGCCUCCUCGACAGUGUCGCAUCCUCUCGAGUUGCUAGUUUUUAUCCUUUGGAUCAACUUUUCAUCCCUUGGAUUCUCAAAAACAGUUCUCCCGAUCAUCGUUAAAAUCGGCCAGAAGCGAGGUCCAUGGAGGCUCCUGCCGCGGGGGGCUCCUCCGCUCAAGGGCCGGCCAGGAAGGACCCUCAGGAGCUACCCUCCAACCCCCCCGUCGGACCCCCUUCGCCCUUGUCCGGAGCCUACCUCUUCGUCGUGAUUGGUGAACCCCGCUCCGAGGAAGACAAGCAGGUUAUCCUCCAGAAAAUUACCAAAGGUUUCUUGUCCUGGGACGUAGAAUCAUGCCACGUAGAUUUAGAAAAGGAACUGAGCAUCCUCACAUCAGAGGCGCCGGAAGGCGAAGAGGCCAAAAAUGGAGAAAGACUGAUACAAUACGCGAGCGAAAAUUUAGUGACGGAGGUGCUGAUCCAUCCACAACUGAACACGAUGGUGCAGUGCAUACGCAACUUACUCUCGAGCUUCACCAGGCAUCGGCACAUCAUCCACGCCGGCUACACAUUCGCCAACUCCGGUUCUUGGAGUCUCCAGGAUGGAACCUUUUCUUUAGCAGAUUUUGUCGACACAUUUCAAGAGAUAGAGGUUCAGCGCGUUAUAAGGGCAUAUGAAAAUACUGUAACAGUAGAUGUCCACUGUGCUCCUGAAGGAGAGUGGAAUACAAAUCGAUUAGGGAAAGAACAACUUGGAAAAUUGUGUAAAGUUACCAUAAAUCCACUUGAUAAGCUUUCACCCGGAAGCGAAGCUGUGAAAAAAUUUGUUGACUAUCUCGGACAAUAUAUUCAACCUACCUCUCUUGAGCAACUGUUGGAACCAUCAGAUGUGGUUGGAAAUAUUAGGUUCAGCCACCCAACAUUGUAUGUUUUUCCGGGCGGCCAAGGGGAUGCCGCACUCUUUGGAAUCAAUGGUUUUAAUAUGUUGGUAGAUGGAGGUUUCUCCAGAAAAGCGUGUUUCUGGAAUUUCGUCCGUCAUUUAGAUCGCUUAGAUGCAGUUCUUAUGACAAGAAUCAACAACAGUAAUAUCAAUGGAAUUUCCUCUCUAGUGAAGAGAAAAAGGGAAAAUCCAGUUUACCCACAAAUAGGACACUUCUUUUGUAAUUUACAGGAACGGAAGAACAUUCUGUCUCCAGAUGGCGACAAAGACAAAGAUAGAUUGUUAAUCAAUUUACUGGAUUUAGGUCAUGAUAUGGUGCAAGAUUUGCGGUUUCUACAUUUACGUCCUCAUCCCUGUUAUCGAGACAACAUCAUCGAGCCAAUCAAUUUGUACCAUAAAGUAGGUCACGGAAAAUUAGACAUGUACGUUUUAAGCCCUGCUAAAGAUAGCAGGGAAGUUAGGGAAUUCAUAUCAAAAUGGAAUACUGGCGAUUCCAAAUUGUUCAGCAAAAAGCUCAGUGAUAAAGAUAGUUUUCCACUUCCUAACAUCGUAUCAAUUUGUGCUUUGCUAGUGUGGCAGCCUGCUAAUCCAUCCGACACCAUCACUCGCAUUUUGUUCCCAGGCAGCGCACCUCAACAUAAAAUUCUAGAGGGCUUCGAGAGAAUACGGCAUUUAGAAUUUUUAAAGCAUCCAGUUUGCUCAGCAAAAUCACUGUCACCGUCAGUAUCAACGGUUAAUUUUGGCAGAUCUAGUAGUAAGCAGAGAACAUACACCAGUGUAGAAAAAUCAGGGACUGAGAACAUCAAAACAAAAAAUGUCACAGAUGUUAAUGAAAAAACUGUGUCGAGAUCGGUCUCUGCUGUUAGUAGUAGUCAAAAAUCAUCAAGCACUGUGACAAGCACCAUAAAAUCUAAAGUAUCGAACAAGACUGAAAUUAAGAAAUCUGAAUUAACUGAGAAAAAACAGGAGGUAGAUGGUCCAGUUAUUAGUGAAUUGCAGAAAGAUAGUGGAGAGAAAAAGGAAACUAAAUCAGUGAUGAAAGCAGAUGAAAAGCCAAAAGCCAACAUUGAAAAGAAGGAGCACAAAGCGGGAGAAGUCAAGCCCACUCAAAAGACAAAAACAGAGAGGAGUCGAAUCGCUGAAAAGAAGUCAAUUUCAGGAGAGAAAGAAUCAAAAUCACCUCCUGAGUCACCCAGGAAAACAUCCGACACUAAAAUCAAUGGAAAAACUGAUAUCAAUAGGCUGAGAUCAAUUACGAAAACUAGAUCACCAUCUGCAACGCCGGCCAAGAGUACGAAAGAGGAGAAGAAUCGUAAAGUUGUUGAAUCUAAGACAGUCACACGCACUGCCCGGUCUACCUCAAAACCGCCUGUGGCUGCAAAGAAGCAACCUGUCGCAACCAAAAAAGAGGAAGAUAAGAAAGAAACUGAAAAGAAAGAGGUAGAGAAAAAGGAAGCUGAUAAGAAAGAGACAGUCAGGGCCGCUCCUAGGCCGGAGCGAAAAGUAGUGGCAAAGCGAAAGAAGUCACCGGAGGUAUCAAAAGAAAAACUUAAAUCACCAAUGAAAGCGAUCAAGCCUGUGAAAUCAACCAAAGUGAUGAAAAAGAAACAAGAAGACAAAGAAAAAUCAGUUGUUUCUGCUGCCACAGAAGCAGUUUCAACUAUCGAACGUAAAGCUAUUGCAAAAGCUCUUGAAGAGAAAAGUUUGAGCAUACUUGCUGAGAGAGCUGAGAUUCAGUCAGGGAGAAUAGAAGAAACCAUUAUAUCUAUGAAAAACGAACAAAAUAUCAGCGCUGACGGAGAAAUUGAUGAGGUUCUGAUUAUUGAAAAAGUAGAACUGGUGCCAGAUACCUCAAUGAAUGAUCAAUUAAUUGUCAAAGAUGGCGUGGAAAUUUGUGGUACUGAAGAGAAGGAUAGUAUACUUGAAGACAAAAUAGAGCUUCAAAAACAAGCCUUAGAUCUGCUUGAAAAUGAGAAAAUAAAAAAGGAAACUGAAGAACAUGAAAUGUCUCAGAAAGAUGAUGGAGCAUCAGACGACGUCAAAGAAGCUGAAAUUGUUGGCAAAGCUGAGGAAUUAUUGACCGCUGACAGAGAGGACCAAAUAAAAGGAGAGGUUGAUGAUAUUAUUACCUCUGCGACCGAUAUUGUUUCUAAAAACGAACAGGAAGCGAAAAAAUCAGCUGAAGUCUCCUCUGAGGAGCAGAAAGAAGUGACAUCGGGUAGUCCAGUUAAAAUCUCUACUCCAGAAAAAUUAUCAGAAGAGAAACUGGUUGACAUCAAGGAUAAAUCCAAAGAGAGAGAAAUUGAAAGUUUGCCAGAUGAAAAAGUGUCAACAACAGGCGAAAGUGGAGCAACAACUGCCCCAACAAUGCCUGAAGAUGAAAAGAUUCCACUUGAUAACAUAAAUGAAACGGUGGAAGAAAAACACGUUAAAGAGGAGACGAAAGAGGAUACAGUUCUCUUGAAAAAAGCCGAUGAGCAACCAAACUUAUGUAAUAUCAAACCAGAUAGUGAAUUUAUUCGACAUACGACUCAAUCAAUUCGUGAUAUUGUCAAAACACCGGAUGAAGUGGCAGAUUUGCCCAUUCACGAGGAGUUUGAUUCUCAGUCUUUCGAUGAGUUCGGACCAGAGCAUGGUAAGCCGAAAGAUUCACGCAAGUCAUCGGUUGAAAAAUUAAUUGAUUCAGAUGAGAAGGACAAACAAUCUGAAACUCUCUCUAAGGCAGACAAGGAUCAUAUUGUUGCAGAAGUUGAUAAAACGGCUGUUGUUGAUGAGUCAGACCCAAGAAAUCUGAGUGAAAAGAAAGAGAGUGCUAAAAUGGAGGAAAGCGAGGGCGCAAACGUAGACUUUCAGCGCAAACUAUCUUUAAAAAGCUCAGUGGUAAAAGAAGAGGGCCAAUUGGAAGAAGAAAGUCCAGCAAAAAUCCCACCUCAAGAAGAUGAAGAUGGAAAUAUUGAUUUAUCAAAGGAAAAAGGAGAAGUGCAAACAGAAGGAGGAGAAAGUAUGGUAAAGACAUCACUUGAUGCUUCGAAGGACACGCAUGAGUCAAGUGUUGAGAAGGAAGUCUCAUUUGAAAAACCCAUUGUUGAAGAUGUUUCAUAUGACAAAAAGUUAUCCCCUGUCAAACUGGACAUUGACAGCAAGAAGAGAGAAGAUAAGACACCUCUCAAAGAAAAGGUGACAGAGCAGACAUCUCCAAGGACUGAACUGUUAACAGAGGGAGAGGAUAAUAAUCUGCUUUCAGUAGAGAAACUUGAAAUUCGAGAAAAGAGUGAUGAUGAACUGUCGGAGAAAGGUAGUCCAGAAAAACUUCCUAUGAAAGCUAUGAAAAUCGGGGCCCAUGAUGAGGGAGAAAUUGAAAAAGUAGAUAAAACAGGAGACUGGUCACUCACUGAAACUAGCUCGGUGCUUCCGUCAAUCAUCGAAAAAGGUGAAGAAAAAGAAUCUGAGGAGGAUAAGUACGAUGCUAAACAAAAAAUAGAGUUGACAAAAGCAGAGAGGGAAGACAAAGAUCAAGAUAGUCUUGGGCAAUUGGUGGAAGCAGAGCCUGAGUUUAAAACAUUGCGGCCAGGGCAGGUUGAAUACGUUAUUGUCACUCCUGAUUCAACACCAAGUACUCCUAAAUCGCCAAGUAAGCUAGCCUCUUCGGAAUUUAAACAUGACACUGUUUGUGCGUUUGCCAAGGUUGAAAAAUCAGAUGACAAAACAAAGGCACAAGCUCCAGAUGCAAUGUUAGAACCAAAAACUGAGAAACAAGAAGCAGUUGAAGGUGAAACCUCAGACUCAAUUAUUCCAGUUACUGUGGAAAUUCAGGCACAAGCAGACCACUCAAAGGAUGAGAGCUCAUCUGAUAAGGAGGACUUAAAAGUUGACUCCAAGCUCUCAGACACAGCUCUUCCUGAGGAUGCCAAGCUUCCGUCCUUCAUCCAUGCUGAUGACACAAAUCUGAACAUUGACAUUAGCUCAAGACAAGCACUUAUAGAUGAAGCAACUUCUGACAAGGAAGUGACAACUGCAAUAGCUGAGGGUUGUGCUGCAACCCAGCUGCAAGAUUCAGCUGUAGAUACAAAAGGAAUAAAUAUAGAUUCUCAUGAAAAAGACCAUCCUGAAGCUCCAGAAAAACUAGAAAUUCUUGAUGACAAACCUGACAGUGACGAAUUAGCAAGUUCUGUAAUUGUAGAUCAUGAGUUAUCGGAGCUUGCUCAUAAAUCAGCCACACCUGUUGAUGUAAUGAAGAAAGCAGAUGAUGAGACCCCAUCACUUAUGGCUGAUAAGGCUGCGGAGCAACUUUCGCAGUCACCCAGCCCAAAAAUCACGAGUCCUGCACCAGAGGAAGGCAAAGGAUUAGAACAAGUUACGAAGUCCCCCAGUCCAAAAGUUGCAAGUCCCACAACUGAAACAACGGAAAUGAUUUCAAAGUCACCUAGUCCAAAGGCAACAAGUCCAUUACCUGGUUUUGAUGAAAAAUUAGAACAAACUUCGAAAAUAUCCAGCCCUGAGAGAGUAAGUCCUGUGCCUGAUGCUAGUAAAACUUUAGCAGAUCUGCCGAAGUCUGCAAGUCCUAUGUCAGUAAGUCCUGUACCUUCAGAGGAUGGAAAAUUGGAGCAAGUUUCAAAAUUUUCCAGCCAAAAAGACGGAAGUCCCGCCACUGAUGUCAGUAAGAAACCAGAUGUGGUGUCAAAGUCCCCAAGUCCUGUACCUACUAUCGAUGAAAAACUGGAUCAAAGUUUAAAAUCACCCAGCCCAAAAGGAGUUAGUCCUGUGCCAACUAUCGAUGAAAAAUUAGAUCUAAGUUCAAAGUCGCCUAGUCCAAAAGGGGCUAGUCCUGUGCCCACCAUCGAUGAAAAAUUGGAUCAAAGUUCAAAGUCACCCAGUCCAAAAGGGGUUAGUCCUGUGCCCACUAUCGAUGAAAAAUUAGACCAAAGUUCUAAGUCACACAGUCCGAAAGGAGUAAGUUCUGUGCCUACUAUCGAUGAAAAAUUGGACGAAAGUUCAAAAUCAUCCAGUCCAAAAGGGGUUAGUCCUGUGCCCACUAUUGAUGAAAAAUUAGAUCAGAGUUCAAAGUCAACCAGUCCAAAAGGGGUUAGUCCUGUGCCCGCUAUUGAUGAAAAAUUAGAUCAAAGUUCAAAAUCACCCAGUCCAAAAGGGGUCAGUCCUGUGCCCACCAUUGAUGAAAAAUUGGACGAAAGUUCAAAACCAUCCAGUCCAAAAGGGGUUAGUCCUGUGCCUACUAUUGAUGAAAAAUUAGACCAAAGUUCAAAAUCACCCAGUCCAAAAGGGGUUAGUCCUGUGCCCACUAUCGAUGAAAAAUUAGAUCAAGGCUCUAAGUCACACAGUCCAAAAGGAGUUAGUCCUGUGCCUACUAUCGAUGAAAAAUUGGACGAAAGUUUUAAACUAUCCAGUCCAAAAGGAGUUAGUCCAGUGCCUACUAUCGAUGAGAAAUUGGACGAUAGUUCAAAAUCAUCCAGUCCAAAAGGAGUUAGUCCUCUGCCUGAGGCCAGUAAAACACCAGAAGUUAUUUCAGAGUCCCGUAGUCCUAAGGCUGCUAGUCCUGAUCUGCGUCACGAAGAAAAAGAACUGAGUUCAAAAUCCUCUGGUGAGCAAGUUGUUGAUGAUAACCAAUCGCCGAGAGUGACAUCUUUUGAAGAUGGUAAAACUUUAGAAAAAGUUUCUACGUCAUCAAGUCCAGAAGCAAAAAGUCCAGCACCAACAGAUAUCCACGGACCAGAUCAAGUUUUGAAGUCAGCUAGUCCAAAAGUUGCAAGUCCUACGACUGAUGCUGGUAAAAUAACAAAAUCAGAGUCAUUUAGUUCAAAAACAUCAAGCCCACCACCUGUUGAACAUGAUGCAAAAUCUUCUAGUCCUAAAGCAAGAAGUCCUACACUUGAUUCUUGUGAAAGACCAAAGGAUCUGCUUCAGUCUUUGAGUCCAAAAGCACCAAGUCCUUUGCCUGUAGAGAAUGAAACUUUUGAGCAAGUAUCAAAAUCUCCAAUUCAAAAAAUAGGAGAUUAUACUUUGGAUGACAGUAAAGCACCAGAUACAGCAUCUAAGUCGUCGAGUCCAAGAGCAACUAGUCCUGAACUUACUACUGAAGAAAAAUCGGAGCAAAGUCCAAAAUCAUCCAGUCCGAAAAAAGAUAGUACUUCAUUUGCUGUGGGUAAAACACCUGAAAUACUUUCUGGAUCUUCAAAUUCGAAACCAACCAGUCCAGAACUAAAGGAUGAGGAUAUUGUCAAAAAAGAGUCUGUCGCUCUGAAAGUUGAAAGUCCAACAUUCGAUGAUACUAAAAAUACAGAACAAAUUUCUCAGCCUUCAAGUGGAAAUGCGACAAGUCCUGUUCCAAUAGAUGACAAAGGAUUACAACAGGUCUCAAUGUCACCUAGCCCAAGAAUUGGGAGUCCUACAGAUGGUGGUGGUAAAACACCUGAUGCGAUUUCAAAGUCAUCCAGUCCAAAGUCAGCGAGUCCCAUACCUGCUCCUGAAAAAAAAUCUGAAGAAAGCACUGGACCAUCCAGUCCAAAAGAAAAAGAUCUCCAACCUGGUUCUGCCAAAACGCUGGAGGAGGUUUCUAGGACAUCAAGUCCAGCAGCAAAAAGUCCCGUACCAACUGAAGAUGUGGAUGUUAAGCAAGUUUCGGAGAUUCUCUCUUCAAAGGCUGCAAGUCCUACAACUGAUGCUGGUGUUUCGAAGUCACCCAGUCCAAAAACAACUAGUCCAUUACCUGCUCUUGAUACAAAAUCUGAACAAAGCUCUAGACCAUCGAGUCCAAAGGAAGAAAAUCUUCAGCUUAGUUCUGGCAAAACACCAGAGGAGGUUUCUAAAUCAUCUACUCCGGGGGCAAAAAGUCCCAUACCCACUGAAGAUGUAGAAACCAAGCAAAUUUCAGAGAUUCUCUCUCCUAAAGCUGCAAGUCCUACACCUGACAAUAUUAAAACAGAGGAAGUGAUUUCAAAAUCGCCCAGCCCAAAAAUCAGUAGUCCAUUACCUGCUCUUGAUGAAAAAUUAGAGCAGAGUUCUAAGUCACCUAGUCCAAAAACAUUAAGUCCUCGGAUCGAUUCUACUAAAGUACAAGAAGUUCUUCCUGUAUCUUCAAGUCCAAAAGCAACGAGUCCUGUACCUGCAGAAGAUGGAAAAAUACAGCAAAGUCCAACUUCACCUCACACUAGAAGUCCAAAUGUUGGAAGUCCUACUUUAGAAGCUGCUCAAAAAUUGGAACCAGUUUCAAAAUCACCCGGCUCAAGAGGAGCAAGUCCUUUACUUGCUGUUGAUGAGAAAUUAGAACUGUGUUCAAGAUUAUCUAGUCCAGAAAAAUUAGGGGAGUUACUUGCUACAAACGAUACACUAGAAUCGGUUUCUAAACCUUCAAGUCCAAAAACAAAAAGUCCUGUGCCUGCUGAUGAUGGCGAUGAAAAAACCGAGGAAAUUUUAAAAUCUACUAGUUCCGUAAUUGAUAGUGCCGCGUCUGAUGCUCAUAAAAUAUCUGAGGACAUUUCCAAGUCAUUCAGUUCAAAUGUUAUUAGUGCUACACCAACAUCUGAUGAAAAAUUGGAACAGAAAUCAGCAUCGCCUAUCCUGGAUAUGAAAAGUCCAGUGCUUGACGCCAGCGAUACUAAGCUGACUUUAGAAUCGACGACUCUUGAGGAGCGACAGCCUACGCCAUCAACUGCUGAAGCUUCUCCUGUUGCAAGUCCUGGAAAAACUGAACACAGUCAAUUGGAAAAACAAUCAGAAACAAGCCUCUUAACAUCAGAUGAAAAAGUUAAAUCUAGCAUUUCUAGUGAGCAGAACUUGACUUCUGAGUUUACAAGUUGUACUUCAGGCUCGGGUGGAGUGAAAUCUUCUAGUCAAACACCUUCUUUAGAAGUGACAAAAUCGUCCUUCGUAGAAGAAACACAUUCAACAAGUCCUAGUCAUGAUAUAAGUCAGAAACAAAUAUCUCCUGUCAUGGAUGGAGGAGAGAGUUUGAAACCCUCGAGCCCAGUUCAAGGUACCAUGAUGGAAACUGCCUCGACAGUUCCGCAGGAUAUUCUUAAAAAAGAAGAUAGUCGCAGCUCGGACUCUCCAUCAGGCAAAGAAUCUGAGCAGAUAACAACUACUUCCCCUUCUCAUGAUCUUGAACCAUCUAGCGAGAGAGUGAAGUCAAGUGCAAGUCAUGAGCUAGAGCUGACACCAAGAUCAGCAAGCCCUGCAGAAAGUUCUAAAGCAGCGAGCCCAAUCCCACCGACGGAUAAAAAGUCAGACAUUACCUCAUCUACCUCCAUCUCCCCUGUUCCUAGCCCAACGUUUUCUGUUGACAAAGAAAAAGAGUCCAGUGUGAGUAGCCAAAGUUUGAAGGGUGAAGAAAUGACUUCAAAAACUGCAAGCCCUGGAGAGGAUCACCUAUCCCCAGCACGAAGCCCUUCACCACCAGUCAUCCAACUUCCAAAGGAUGAAACUGCUAGCAGCCCAGCCCCAGCAAGUAACGAUGCGCCUUUACCGGAAUCAUCCUCGGUUCCAACAUUUUCUAAAGAAGGCAUCAAAAGUUCCAGUCCUAAUGUUGAAGCCAAAAGUUCUCCGAAAUCUUCAAGUCCAUCCGAUAACACACCAAAGGCAGUUAGCCCUUCACUUUCAGGCACUAAAACUCCAGAAGUGACAACAACAUCCCCCUCUAAUUUACUGAGCUCAGUACCACCUGGUACUUUGCCGGAGACUGAAACUUUAGCUUUCAAAGAAGAGAUAGCCUCAAAACUAGUCAGCUCAGUAAAAAGUGAUGAAAUUGUUAAUACGGUUGACAUUGUAACAAAAGUUACCGAAUCGGUAACUGGCCUUAACAUUAGUUCUGGAGGAGAAACAGGGAAAGUAUCUAGUCAAAUACAAGGGGUGGAGUGUGCAGAAAAUCUACAACAAAAAAUCCCUGGCCCCGUUUUAGAAGGGGGCAUCACUGGAAUAAUAAAUGAGUCUGAAGAAUCUAUCAUGUCCGCUUUGGACUCAGAAAAAAUAAGUUCAACAGCUGUCCAUGAAGGACUUCAGAAAUUAUCCAGCCUUCCAGAGACCACUGAGUCAAUAAAGAAAACAGUAAGCCCUUCAGCUGAUGUAGAUACUACCUUGAAAACUGUUUCCUCCGUCUCCGUAGUAAAAGAAUCGAAAAGUGAAACUCUUGAAUCUCAUGCGUAUUCGCCUGGCACUGUUGAAGAGCCAAAAGAAGAAAAUGACAAAACAACAAUGGCAUCGGAUGAAAUUGCGAGUCAAGUGCAAAAAACUAAAUGCAGCGCUACCGAUUCAUCGGUAAAUGAUGAAUUAAGAAGAAGCUCACAAUCUCUAGAAGAUGAUAAAGAGGCAUCUUGGAAAUUGCAUAGUAAGGGGGAAGAGUCCAUUACUUUAAGUAAAGAGGAGUCAACUGUUUCAACGACGACGAUAUCCGAAAAAUCUGAGAGUGUAGGAGUUUCACUUUGCUCCAAGGUAUCAGGUCUGCAUUCUUCGUCAGAUGAAUCAGAGCAGCCAGUGGAGAAAGGAUUUGAUCUUCACAGCUCAACACAGUCGACGUGUGGAAGUUCACGGACAACUGGGUCAACUCCACCAGUUGAAGAGAUCACAGAAGGCUUGAGUCACAUUACCGCAAAAGAUGAAGCGGAGUCCACCUCGACCACAUCCAGUUUCACCUCAUUCAUAAAAUCUGGCUUUGAAACAGUAGUUGGAGUAUUGCAUGACGCAACAAAAACUGCAAGCUCCGCCAAAAGCCUCGAUGAAGAUAAUUCUAAAAACAAAAAAGAUGAAAAGUUAGACUUAACAUCGGAAGAUUUUACUGCUUGCUCAAAGGAUCUUACGUCCUCUCGUGAUGCCUCUGUAGUUUUAGAAGAGCCGAGAGAGGGAAGUUCAGUUUUAAUAGAGAGUGAAGGCACUAGAUUAUCCAGCUCCUUCCAAGCUAAUGUGAUAAGUGACUCAGCGGAUUUAUCCCAUGGAGGGAUUGAAGAAUCUGUAGAAAACAUUUGUGAUAAUAAAUUAGCAAGUCCUAGUUCCAAGUCUUUCAGUCCUCAACCUGUACAUACAUCCCCAACAUCGAUUGAAAGCUCCGAAAAAAUUAUAUCCACAUUAAGUUCUCAGUCUCAAAUUUUAGGUUCUACUUUUGAAUCAAAACAUGACGAGUCCUCUCAUUCUAUAUCUGAACAAAUACAAACAGACAGUCAUAUAGAGCUUGUAACUAAAAAGCAAUCAACUGGGGGUAGUCCAACCUCCGAUAGAAGCUCAAAAUCAUCCAGUCCCCUCCCUCCUUCCGAUUUAAGUUCUAAACACUCUAGUCCGAUACCGCCGAAUGAUCAGAGCCCAAAGUCUGAUCAAUCAUUUAAAGAUACUGAUAAGUCUCUGAAUUCAUUACCAACAGACAGAACAGCCGAAAUGACCCCUCGAUUAUCAAUAACUGACUCAAAAUUAGACACCAGUUCGAUUCCUGCAUAUAGCCGAAGUUCAGCACUAUCUACUUCAGCACCGUCUCCUGAUGAGAGUCUAACAUCAGUCAGCCCCAUAUCAGGCACAGACAAGAGCUCAAAGCCCAUCAGUCCAUUAUUAUCAACAGACGAAACAACAAAAUCAACUGUUCAUGAAGAAACUAGUUUGAAAUUAUUACAGGAGUCUGCAAAACAAGCUCAUAAAUUCAGCGGCUCAGAUUUGUCAGAGAAAGAAGCAGAGUCAUUGAGUGCUUCUGUAACAGUUGGUGAGAGAGAUCUUCAAUGCAUUAUCACCAAAACAGAUGUGUGUCAUGAAUCAGCUAAAUUUUCGUCUCAAACUGAGGACAAAUCCAAGGGCGCUGUAGCUGAGAAAACUACUAUGGUAGGUGAAGAGAGUGAGCAAUUUCCAACUGACAUGACACAGUCCUUCUAUUCCUAUUCUUCUCAUGAAGAUGAUGAAAAACUCUCGCUGCAAAAGACUCUGACAGAGAAUUUGUCUUCAUUUGAUGUUCAAGAAAUCAAAGAUCAUAUUUCUAAGAAUGUCAUUGAAGAAUUGAAAAUGGAUCAAAGCUCAGAAAUUCUUAAAAGCUUUAUUACAAAAUCUAAGUCCGAGUUGGGAGUUACAGAAAAUGAACCGAUAUCAGUGAAUGUUUUCGGAGAAAAGUUGAAAGCAGAAGAUCAGGUGAGGAGCAAGUCUUUCGAUGCAUCACCAUUCAGAGGCAGACCAAUGCAUGAAGUAGUACCUGAUUGUCAACCAAUUCACACAAGGUUACCUCCCGAUCAGGUUAAAAAGAUAGAAACUCUCAUUGAGAAACAUGGCUCAGGUAAAGAAUCUGAAAGUUCUUGCUCUUUAACAAAAGCAGAAACCAGUGAUUCAGAAACAAAAAUGAUUCCUCUCUCAGAUGAAAUGCUGAAAAAAGAAGUGGAUGACGCUCAAUCAAAGGAAAUAUGUGAUACCAAAUCUGUAGAUAUUAGGAGUAGUGAUUUUAAAAUAGUCGGAGGAUCUACUGGUAAGGAGAAAAUGUAUACUAGUUAUUCAACUGGUGAAGACCAGCACAUUCAGGAAGAAGGUGUCUUAACAAGCGGAAUAAUUGCUGAGCUCCGACGUGAAGCCCACGAUUUGCGGAGUAGCACACCUGGUUCUGAAGCAAGUGAUCGUGACUAUGAACUGGGAGACCGAUCUACGCCACAGAGUGAUCUCAGUAGUGGACAAAUCAGCCGAGCCGGCAUGCAAAUGUGGCGACCCGGUGACAGUGAUGAAGAAUUACCCGGUUCUCCGAUGAGCACUGCCUCACAUGUCACCCACUCACCAUCUCAUUCUGAAUAUGAAACGGAGGGACAUAAGAUGUCCUCUGUCAUGACAAGUUCUUUAUACGGGGCACUACCGGAGACUUUCGAGCAAUCAUCGGAUGGAAACCUCGGUGGACACGAGAUGUAUUCUUCUGUUUAUGUUCCUAAAGAGGAAGACGAGGAGGAAGAGGAGAUUGAAAAUUUAGUUUAUUCUUCAGAGUACAGCAAGCAGUUUCUCCUCAAGAGUGAUGAAAUGAUUGAUUUCGAUAAAGCAAUGAAAGAGCACAAGUCAAAACGCGGAGAAGAGCUGGGAUCUUACAUGACAUUUUCGAGUGGUGGUCACACGGAAACCAGUUCUAGCAGACCUGAACAUUUAAGUGACGAUAUAGGGAAUGGUAAUAUUUCUGUUGACAACAAUAUCAACCGUAGCAUUCCUCUUGAGCACACCGACUCUACUUUCACGACCGUGUCACAAGGAACAACAACAUCUACUCACACAAUAAGCCAGUCAAUAUAUCCUGCAGAAACACAUUCCCACACGACAUCUAGCACAUCUCACGAUAAUGACAAGGAUCCAAUCGGAGGAUGGGGUAAACCGCUCGGUCUUCCACCUCCUCCAAAUAAUAUAAAUAAUCAAAAUAAAAGGAUUCUGAUCUGGAACCCUGUCGAGGAGUGGGGAAAGCCACUAGGACUCCCCUCUCCUGCACCUCCACCCGGAAAAGAAGAUUCAAACGGCGACAUUCAAGUGGAUUUAACACCUUUGAGUAACAAAACCACACCCAAAAAAGCUGAGAAAAAAAGUUCAGACAAGAAUACAGCAACUGGAUCAAUUGGGAAAGAAAGCAAACGGCGGUCUGAAUCUCCGAUGAAACAUCGAUCCUGGAGCAGAGAUGGACGAGGUAGCAAAUUUACGCCAAUAUAUAUUGACUUGGCAUAUGUUCCUCAUCACGGUAACUCGCUAUAUUCGGCAACCGAGUUCUUCAAACGAAUCCGAGCUAGAUAUUACGUGUUCAGUGCUGUCGAGCCAAGCAAAGAAAUAUUUGAUGCUCUUCUAGAGGCAAAGCAGAGCUGGGAGGACAAAGAUUCAGAAGUGACAAUUAUCCCCACUUAUGACACGGACGCUUUGGGCUAUUGGGUCUCAGAAAAUGAAGAAUUACUUGUUAAACAUAAAAUCGAUUUAUCUCCAUCUGCUAGUCGCUGCACCAUCAACCUCCAGGAUCAUGAAACUAGUUGCUCCGCUUACAGGCUUGAAUUUUAAAGGAUGUUAUCAGUGAUAUUUUAGUUUGACUGAAAAAAGAAGCUACGCUUCAUCUGGAAAUAAUGUGAUACUGUACGUCAUAACGAUACGUUUGUGAUUAUUAUAGUAUUUGAGAGAGACUAAUGAGACUAAAGAGAGGUAUGUUAAGACUAAAAAUCCAUUCUAAAAGGAGAAACAAAAUGAACCAUUCUAAUUUCUAGAAUUCCAUUGCUUAAUUGAAGAUUUUGCUCUUAACGUAGGCAUAUUCACUAUGAUUCAGAAAACUGAGAAGUAAGAUGCUGAACAAAAGGCUGGUAUUUCGCUUUGGCAAUCACUCCGUACAAGAUAUCAAUCGAAUCAUGAAAAGGAGAAGUCAAUGAGGAAAGUAGUUUUGUUUCAAUUCUUUCGUAAACAUGUGUUGAGUACCUUGACUUCAUGCUAAAGUGUGCUUGUAGAGUAGAAUUAUAUUUUUUAUUGGUUUUUUGAAAAGAGUUCUGCUUUCUCAACAAAAAAAGAAAAAAAUACUCUUUUAAACAUAUUUGUAUCGAUAAUUUUAAUUUACUUUUUGAAGAUUAGUAAACCUUUUUUUAUCAGUAGAAUCAGUUUUGAUACGAAAUGUUUGUAAAAUUAUACUGAUGUGCGAGAUCUGUACUUUACAAGAUUAGGAGUUUCUCUCGCUGGGAUAUGAAGAGAAGAAGAAUGGCUCAAGUGGAGGAAAGAAUCAGACUUAGAUCAAGCACACGGCAAAGUUGUGCUUGAGCUGUUGUUUGGACUACAUUUUGUGACUGGGAACUACAAUUUCUGGUUCAUCUGUACAAAAAUUUAUGUGCAUAGGGAAACUAAUGGUACAUACGUUGUUCCAUUCGGGCCACGUUUCGUAAUGUUUCUUCCUUGGUUGUUCCUAAACUUAGCUAGAAACUGUAGUUCCUAAAUGCUAAAUGCAGUCCAUUUAUCUGAGCUCAUAUUAAGACUAGAACAUUUGCCGUAAUCGUGCAGAGAAAAUUACGAGAUAUCUUUUGAAAUUUUUCAUCCUCUGCCUCGCAAAAAUAGGGCAGAUAAUACACAGAUCUCGAGAAGAAGAGGUUAUUUUUUUAUUUUUUGUAGGAUGAAAACCUAUUGGUUGACCUAUGUCGCUGAGAAAGUGAUCAUCAUUCUUGUAAAUUUCAAUUAGGCUUCUUUUUAAUUGAAAUAUUUUUCCAUCAAGUUUUAACCAAUCAUUGUAUUUCUCAUCUCUUGUUCCUGCUCUCAUUCAUAAUUCCCCAUUCUCUUCCCUUUCUCGCAAAUUAACAGCAUAAUGUCUAAAAUGACUAUCUCACAUGUUGGUUAGCAUGAAAAAUAAAAAUGAAAAGUCUAAAACAAGAUUUCACUAUCUCACCCUAGACGUCACGGUUAAGCACUCUGAUGCUAAAAAAUGUAGUUUGCAACACUAAAGAUCACAGUUACUGACAGUCAUUUGAAUAAAAAUAUUGUUUGAUUUUAGAAGAACAAAAAUCCCUCCCCUAUCACUAAUUCGUAAGUGAAGAUAUCAGAGCCUAAAGCUUAAAAAUUAUCAUCUUAAAUGGAAGUAUGCCAGUGGAAUGGCAUGCUUUGCAGUAUAUCGAUCGAUCUGCAAUUUAAAGCUAGGGAGAAGGAUCGAUAAAGUGGGUGUUCGCAACGAAUACCUUGAUAACCGAUUCUUUACCAUAGCUUCAAAUGGGGAAAUAUCGAUAAUCGAUCAUUCACACCUUGCCACUGAAGUUUACCAGAACCAGAGAUGAAAUGAAGGUUAGCCACUCAGCAGAAAAUAGAAAGAACAGAUUUUUUAAAAAAAUUUCUGAAGAUUUUAAUUGAUCUACUUAUUCAUUUGUGCUUAUUUUUUUAUUUAUAACAACUAAUUUCUGUUCAAUGAUAGAAAUGUUCAUGAACUUGACUUGGGGCACGUACCAAAUAUUUCAACUUGACCUAGGAUGAAUGAGAUCAGUAACUCUCACUUCAGUAGUUCCUCUGCUUUAUUAACGAUACAUGAUAAAAUGUUAACAAAUUGUCACUUUCCGUCAACGAUCAACAACUCAUAUGAUAAAGAUUAAUUUUAUGCUUGUUUAUUUAAAAUUUCCUGAAUAAUUGUGUACUUUUAGUGUUAAGUUUAGAUUAUUUCUUGAGCUUACAGUCAUUGAAUGAUGUGCCGAUGUUGUGUGGUUGCGGUUUAUAUUUUGCUUGGGAUCAAAAUUGUUGAGAUAGAGAUUUAUUUUUCUAGGCGAAGAUGUUAAACGGACAGGGUAAAAUAAGCUUGAAGUUCUCUUCCCAAAUGCACAUGACACUGUGUUGAUUUGAUAAACUUUGAACUCUGAAACUCAAAAACUUGAACUCUGAAAGCAUUCAAUGCAGUGUUUCAAUAAAGCAGUUUUACAUGCCUCCGAGCGGGUGCCAAUUUAUGUCAAUCUUAAAGGAGAAUUAAUGACUUUGAGGAAGAUUCAUGAAAAAUUGAUACUGAAAGGUAAUUCUUUCCCUGAGACAAUAUAUACAACCAAAAAAUUAAGUACUCUUUGUCUAUAGAAGCAUCCAGCUGAUUAAAAUAGUCCUGAUUCCUCAAAAAAAAUCAAAGUACCUCCUUGUAAUGGUAUUCCUAAAAAAAAUAUAGAUGGACUCAUUUAAAUUGACAAUGCGGGUUAAAAAAACUGAGGCCCAAAUUGCUCGAUCAUUCAAAAACUGUUGUACCAAGUGUGUUUUUUUACAUUAAAAUGCUUCCUGUUUUUCUGUUAUUUGCUGCACAUGUUUGAUGAUGGAAUAGACAACAGCAUCAAAAGCUCUAAAUCUCAAAUUUCAACUGAAAGUUAUAGAAUUUCAAUUCUGUAAUGACAUUUCCAGUUAAACAGCAAUAGAAAUUCUAAUUUGAGCCUCACUUGUCGAGAAAAGAAAAUUAUUAUCUUUUCUCUCUUUCCUAAUCCAUCUUUCUGUUAUUAUUUUCCAAGCAAUUUCCUUUUUCUUACUUAAAUUCAAUCACAGAGUGUGUUUGCCGUUUUUUAUUCUUUCUUCUUUUGAUCCAAUCCUUCAAAUCAUUCACUUCAGCUCAACUUUUUUAAGGGAUCUUUUGCAGCUAAUACCGUUACAACCACUAGGAUUCGAUUUUAAGAGCAUGCAUGUAUAGGCUCUUCCAGGGAAUUAAAGUCACUCUGAAUAAUAUGCAAUUUCAGGCCAAGUUAGAAUUAGUUGGGAAAAUGCCACCUCAAGAGACAUGGCUAGAUAAAUACAAGAGGACUGAAAAUGGAAGAUGGAGAAUAAUUUUUAGUACAAAGGAUUUCUAGUCUCAAGAGCCAUAAAUGCAAAGCUGACCCUUGAUCAGAUGCUUCAAAAAUUAGCUUGUUUGUAUUUUACACACUAACAUUGUGGUGUCUAUGAGUUUAAUCCCUUUUUUUCCCUACAAAAAUAUAGAUCAUACACUGAAAACUAACUACCUGAAGAUAACACCCUUUGUCCAAUUAAAUGCAUCCAUGGAGCGCAUUUUCCUUUGAUUAAAUUAGCUACCUUAUUAAAUCAGAAUUGUACUUAAUUUUUUUUUUACUUCUUCAAACCGUGAGAUUGAAAGAGGUAAAAACCCAUAAAAAAACUGGGUAUUUUAAAUAUAUGUACUGAUUAGUAGCAAAUUUCCUUUACAAACAAGCCUAAUUUUUAGCAGCUUGAAGUGAUGACAGAUGAUCAUUCUUCUUUGACACUAGGAGGAAUGUCAUGAUGAUAGAGGAGUAACAGAAAACUCUUGCUUGUUCUGUCAAGAAUUUUUAUUUUCCAAAUCGGGCUUUGAGAUUCAAUGAUGCUUAAUGUAUCUCAUUCCAAACUAUAAUCUUAGUCAAACCCUCAGUAUUGAUAUUAUAUUAAAUGCAUAUAGUCAUGUGAUAUAGGUACUUUAUUUCUGAGUUAAAGUUUUACAUGUUCCCGAUUAACUCACUCUUACAGAUGAUUCUGCAAAUGUUACUUUUUUAAUUUGUAAGAAACAGAAAAUGUUUGAAGUUUGCUUCAGUUUUGUGUUGAUUAUUUAUUAUUCUAUUAAUGUUACCCAUGUUAAGUUGAUAAUUUAUGUAUCAAUACAAUUAUUGAGAUAUAAAUAGCCUCCUUUUCAUUUUUCA